UUCUCCCAAUGCUCGAGGAUUGUUUUCUUCUACUUGGAAGCUUUGCCUUCUUUCGUACUUCCCACUUCGUAACGUUUCCUCUCUCUCUCUCUCUCUCUCUCUCUCUCAUGGGGCAGGUCUUAGCUACGAUCCAAGGAAAAUUCCAAGGUCAGCAAUGGCGGCAGAGGCAACUUAGAAAAAUUACUGAUAAGGUCUUCGAUCAUUUUAAAGAUGACUAUGGGAAAGAUCAUUUGGCAUUUGAAGAUCUAUACAUUGCGGUCCUGUUUGUGUACAAUGAUAUCAACAAGCAUUUGCCUGGACCUCACAUUGAUCCCCCCUCCAAAGCAAGUGUUAAAGCUAUGAUGGAGACAUAUGAUGUUAACCUUGAUGGGCAACUCAACCGGGAAGAAUUCGCGGGGUUUAUCCAGAAGCUGACGGCUGACACGCUGAGCGUGGUUAGCCGAAACUUGAUCAUUGCAAUGGUUGUCGCACCAAUGGUGGCACUGAUGACAAAGAGGGCAACCGAGGGAGUACCAGGCAUUGGUAAGUAUGUCCAAAGGGUACCAAAUUCAAUUUAUGCAUCCAUUGUUGCACUUGGAGUCGUGUUAGUGCAAAAAUCUGGCGAGGAGUGUGAGUAGUGAGUCGAAACUACUGGGUGAUGUUUUUUUCUUUUAUUUUGUGUAAAAUAGAUUGCUAGACUUUCUUCAUUUUGUUGAUAUAUAUGUUAAUAAGUCUGUUUGCAUGGAUAAAAAACAUUGCUACAGUUGUUUGCUUGG